AGUGAGCCUUUAAUACGUUCGCAUCAUACCUUCAGCGCGAUCAUUUCAUUAUGUUACAAAUUUAUAUCGUACAAGUUAUAUUGCGCGUGAAAAAAAACGUUUAGACAAUGUUGUGACGGUAGUUUUGUAGUGUGAUUCGAAAUGGCAUUACGGCUUUUGUUUUGUUGCAUAUUUUUUAGCUUGUUGCUGCGGAUAAAUGAAGCUAUCAUAGAGAAAUGUGGAGUGACAUAUUGUGUGGGGGAAGCCUAUGUAUGCAUAAACGAUGAGUGCUACUGUGCAGAGGGAUACACACCCAAUCCCUUUCAGACACGUUGCCUAAAAUGUCCAGGUUUGGGUGAAAAAUGUUUCGGAACAUGUUGCGGUGAACAUAAGAAUGGGAGUCUUCAAUGCCGACAGGGUGUCUGUCAACCUUGCUAUGAUUCGUACGGCAAUUGGAUAUGUCGUGACUCCUUGGACCAGAUGUUUCUGGUCUCGAGUACUCAGAUAAUAAUGGCAGCUGCGUUAAUAUUAGGAAUAAUAACGACUUUCAUUUUACUAUACAGACUUUGUGCUGCGACCGCUAACUUGCAACCUGUUGGGACCAGACCUAAUUACGAGAGUCGUCUGUCUAUUGGAAGCCUGCAAAUUUACGUCGAAGAAAGAUUAAGGGAUGCUCCACCAAGGUAUACAAGAACUGCGCCCGCUGGCUCCUCCGUGUAUCCAGCGUCCGCGUAUCUUAACGCAGGUUUUAUACACGAUAGCAGCGUGCCGCCGCCAGCCUACACGCCCAGCACCAAGCCCCGAGAUACUCAAAGCGAAACCCUGCAUAUAUAAAAAU